AGUUGUGGGCCCAUUCAUUCCUUCGUUUAGUGAUUUAUGACAAUCAGGCUAAUAGAAUAGUUGUCUCCACCUAACACAUACUGAUAUGUAGUUUCAAUUUCUGUACUAGACGGAGCUUUUCUCUUGAAUAAAAAUGGCGUGCUCAAAAUUGCCUUCUUCUUCGUUUCGCCAUCGUGCAUGCGCGUGGCCGCGGUACACCUACGGUGGAAGCAGCAGUAGCACUAGCAGCCUUUCGUCGGCCAGAGAAACAGGGUGCAUAACUUCUUCUUCCUCUGAAAUCUCCAAAUCCAAAUCCAAAUCUAUGUCCAAUCCUCCGUUCUCAAAUUCGAUGUCGUUUGAAAAGCCUGGCAGUUUAUUUGCAAUCGCGAGUCGUCCAGCAGUUGCAUCCUCCAACAUGGUUCACCAAGCUUACUCUUCAUCUACUACUGGUAGCGCUAUCCUGGACUACGCCAGCAGAAGUGGAGCUGAUCAACGCCGUCGGUUCUACUCCUCUUCUUCUCGCGGUAGAAGCUCUAUCCUAGCGGCCUGCCCUACUUUCACUACUAUUAGUACUAGAACAAGCACGACUAUGCUGGCCGAUAGAGCCAGUACUCCACCUAUGGGUUCACCACAGCAGCGAAGGGGCAUGAUGAUGAUUCGAGAGGCGGAUGGCGGUGAACAGAAUCGACAAAGCACACUGAGAACCAUCAGUUAAGACGCAUACACCCAAGUAAUUAACAAUAUGGUGCGGCCGUCUAACGAGCGGCGGCACCGUCAGGCAAUCAGCCAAUCAGCCUUCUAUCCGCGUCUGACUGUUUUGGCAGUCUUCCCCGCGGGGGUGGGCUUGAUUUUUAUCGGCGCGAGCGCGAACACACGGACUGCCACUUGCUUGCGCUUUGCCAUUGUUCAUGACUUGGAGGACGUGACAAAAGGCCCGCAGGGUAGUGGGAGGCCCUUUUCGUCUCUUAUCCAGAUACAUUGAUAAACGCCGAGCAAGCCGCGACGGCGCUCCAGGGUGAAAAAAGCCCCCCCCCGCAUAGUCAUGCUGCGGGCCCAUGCCCACCGGGGUGAUUAUUUUUCCCAGGUCUGGCCAACUCGUCGAAGGCAAUGAGAACAGGCAAAAACACGCCGGCAAGGGGGGCGCGACACUGAUGCCGAGGCCGGUGCCCUAGCGGGGUGGCCUCCAUGAUGUGCGCGCGCGCCGGCCGUUGGCUGGGCCCGUGGGUGCUUGACUUCGGGCGAGCCAUAGAGCACCCCGCCCGGCAUGCCGUAGCCGUUGAAGGCUCGCUGGCGCUUCUCGGUGGUCUUGCUGCGCGUGAGAAUAUUGGCGGGGCGGGAGGUGGGCUUGUUCGCUGGCGUCUUCGUUGUGUUGGUGAAUUAGUGAGCAAGCCAGCGAGCGCAAAGCCACCCCGGGAGGGCUACGAAGCUGAAAAACCGACGCAGACUGGGCCGGAGACGUGCACACAGUGGUGAAGCUUCGACCCUCUUAAGGUCUUGGCGUCGGCUCUUCGAGAGUGUCGGAGACCGCGGCGCCACGCGCCGGCGUCUAGCGGCCGGCCCACCUCAAGAAAAACAGAAAGCGCGCGAAAGUGAGAGGUGGGCCAUUUGCGGCCCUGUUUCGUCGGCCCGUUUGCAGAGAAGAAGCGCCAGGGGGGGGGGUUCGUGGGUUGGGUGAAAUUGCAGGAAAUACCCCGGACUUGACUGGCAGGCUUCAGCUACCUGGAAACGUGGCGCAUGCCGCGGCUUUGUGUCUUCGUCUCGGCGCCUUGUUACCUCGGUGCCCAUCACUCCAAGCCCCCUACUUCGUUGCAUUUCGCGCAGUAAAUGAACCAAGCAGCCAACCACCCGCGAUCUGGUGCGCACUCAGUCAGCCAGCCAUGUCCAUACGCUCGCAUGUGUUUUAGGCUCAUCUCAGUGGGUGCGCGCUUGCGUUGUUAGUCUUCUGAGAAAGGACUAUCUGCGCCCGUCGCCCUCUAUUUGACUGCUUUGCUUUCAACCUUUCCAAGGGUCGCCUAGAUUGGCGCUGGCUGUUUCCCUUAAUUAUCAAUCUGCAUUCACUCGCACAGAUUAUUAAGUACUUGCUUCUGCUUCGUUUCGAAUUCCAUUUCCACCAAGUCCUUUUUUUUUUGUCAUUCUCUAACUCCGACAAGUACUCAAGUACGCGUGGCCGAAGAAAAGUCCAAGACUGCAAGCACACCUGGUUGGUUCCCUAGGCUGCCUUUUUCUCGGCAAGGCAGCAACAAUUCUGGCACCCCUGGCAUUGGGAGACUUAGUGAAUAGUCUAGCGAAGAACUGCAGUCCUGGUGGCGCUUUAGGACCAGGAAACGCAUCUGUUGAGGUCCAGACAGCCUCGUCAGCGACGCAGCAAGUGCACUAUGAACUACGAUUUUUUUUGUACCUUUAAAACCUCUAGAUUAAUCCUCAGCAUGUAUCUCUAAAAUGAUGCAACUGCGCUUGUAUAUCGUUUUCCAUGAUGUAGGUAGGAGAAUCCAAUGUUGUAGUCUUUGACGGAGAGGGAACGAACUGAAGAAACUAGUGACUUUCUCUCUGGGCCUAGAUAGCGUCUUACACUAGUGGAUCAUGAUUGUCUCCGUAAAAGUAGUUCUCCGAUACAACACAGAAGAUUCCGUGACGCCGAAGAGGAUAGGGACUCGACCUCUAUCUGAUACCGCAAGUCCAUAUCUUCUUAACACUCUUGUAGUCCUUCAUACCCAAGAGGUUGCACAGCAGCUAGGGGGGAACGAAAUAGCAGAAGCAGCGGACGCUCUAGCACGGACGGCUUCGACGCCAGUAGUCGGCAAUGCGAUCGACAGUAUUGCGGAAAUCUCACUGCAGAGUCAUCUAGAAUAUCUUCCUCUCUUGUGGCUCGCGUCCUAUGUUAAGACAGGCAUUCUAUGUUGUGAUUUUUGGACAUCAUGGGUUUCCUGCAUAUGCGCUGCAGCGAGUUCUCGACAUUUUUCUCACACAAGUUGUUAUCACGUUACAGUACGACAGUAGAUAGACGAGAGUACAAUAAUUCCAAAUAAAAAAAUGCGUCCUCUAAGAACUUUUUGGUCAUAUUUAUUAUCAGAGGCCCAUAGAUAGAUCCAGGCCCUCUAACUUUCGUCUUGCACGUUUAUCAGCAGCUGGAUUCUCGGAAUUGAGGACUUUUCUUUUCGCUCCGGUAGUCCAAAAAGGCUGUCGGGAACAAGCUUUGCUGGUCUUCAAUCACUUGCACACCCUGGACGUCGAGUACUUGACGACGCUUAAGUUAAGUCGAGUAUACACGAAAACUCAAAAUAUGCGAGUUGCUGACUGAAAUAGGACAGGGGGUAGCUGCUUUAGAGGGCUACUCUUCCUUCUCAUCAGUAUCUCGGUUAUUCUGAUCAGUUUAGUUACUUGCUUAUUUCAGUUUUUUGAAAGUCGAGACCUAAAUUUAUUACCACAACAAAAAUCGCGUUUUUUGAAAGGUCUCGAAAUAAAAGUCGCGUAGUAGAUGACCACGCUUAAUAAGUUAAGGUCUCGUAAGCACACUCCAAGCUGUAUCUCAAUAUUAUGUUGUCAGCAGAAACGACAGACCAUAAAGAACAAUACCUGACUCUCAUCAAAGAACAAGCAAUAUUGAAUAUAAGUAUUUCAGUACAAGUUAGUAGGGAUCACUUUAGAACUUAGACUUACAUACCUUCUGCUGGCAAUGGCAUGGAAUCAGUUUUCUGAGUGGUCGUCCCAUACCAUCCCCAGUGUGCCUCCUAAACUCUAGUAUAGUGACUAACUACAGCGACUAACCACGUUACGUACUUCUAGUUCUAAGUGGGUACAUUAAGCAUAUAUUGACCGUGUACACAUAUUCUUGACCUAGUUGAAUCAUGAAUCGAAGUCACCGCUAAUCGAAGGUGGAGAGAUCCAGCAGAUCAUGAACCGUGCGUUGAAAAGUACGCAGCAGGUGCUGACGACAAUAUUGUGGAACGUGGUCCCGACUUUGCUGGAGUUUUCUCUCGUCUUAAGGGUACCGCCAACGACCCAUCCCUCGGAGCAUCUUUUAGCCAGUUUCUACUUGAAAAGUUGUCUCAAAAGAUGUAGUUCCAAAAGUAUUAUGGCUUGCCGGUGCCUCUAAUCGUCCUGGGCAUUGUCUUCAAACAGAUGGGCCCCGCUUCCUCUUGCGUCGUCGCAGCCACCUUCUGUUCUUACUUAUGACAUAUUCUUAACCCGAACAAGAUCUCAAUAUUCAUGUUAAAUGAGAUCUUCAUGUUAAAACGACUGUUGAUGUAGUUGUCACUUAUGAUAAAAAUUACUCGUAAUGAUCGUAUUUGAAAAGCAGCGCAUAUGCUACAACUUCUAUGUGAGAGGGCUUCUUAGGUGAUCGAGUAAGGAUCACAACAUGAAGCGGACACGUGAGACAUGUAGGUGAUAUAAUUGGUGCCUAAAGGGCAGCUGUCUCUUAUCCUGAUGCCCUCUAAGUAGCCCAAGGCACAGCUUGUCGACGUUAGUAUUUAUACAUAGGGUUAGCAGUUGGCCGAAAAUUCUUAAGAGCCUCCUUUAAGAAGCUUCCUUGAGAGAUUGGAAUUUCUUAAGGGGUUUCUAUUCUAAAAAGUUGUAGUAGGUUUUCCUUAAGGAACAAAAAUGCUCCUUAAGGAGACUCCUUAAGGGGCGCUUGCAAUAAACUUAGGCUAAUGCGAAUAGGCCCUCUCUUAAGGGCCGGCGCCACCUCCCCUCGUGAGGGCCUUAGCUUGCUAGCUUAGCCAUGGCCAGCGUGCUAGCUGUAUAGCCCUAGCUAGCUUGCUUGCUUACCCCUUACCCGUAGCUGCCUGGCUAGGUUUGCCGUGGCUAGCCUGCUAGCUGCUUAGCCAUAGCUAGCUAGCUAGCUAGGUAGCUGCUUGGCCAUAGCUAUAUAGCUAGCUGCUUAGUCAUAGCGAGCUUGCUGGCUGCUUAGGCAUAGCUAGCUAACUGCUGCGCCAUAGCUAGCGAGCUUACUAGGUAGCUGCCCGGCCCUAUUUAGCUAGCAGGCUAGCUACUUGGCCAUGAUAGCUAGCUUGUUAGCUGCUUGGGCUGGCCAUAGCUAGCUUGUUACUAGCUGCUUAGCCAUAGCCAGCUUGCUAGCCGCUUCUUUUGCGCGACCUAGUUCAGCAGCUGCUUUCUUAGCCAUAGUUAGCUUGCUAGCUAGCUUGGCCAUGGCUACCCUGCUAGCUUAGCCCGCCCGGCAGCCAGAGCUUGCCUCUUAGCCUAAUCCUGGCGGGCUUGCUAGCUCCGCCAUAUCUAGCUUGCUAGCUUUCGUGGCCACUCCAGCUCGCUAGCCUAGCCACAGCCAGCUCGCUACCUUAGCCACAAGACAGCGACAGCCUGCCCGCUGGUUUAGCCAUGAGGGGCGUCCACGCUAGUCCUUUCUGAACCAGCCGCGCGUCGCUAGCGUGGUGACUUAGGGGCUUGCGCCGUAGUCUUAUCUGUCUAGUUGCUAACCUAUGCCCAGUGGAGCGGGCCCUUGAUGGGCCCGCUUUCUGGGCAUGUAAUGAGGUGCUUCACCUGCAGGCAGUACUAAGACUAAGAAACUCUCUGUUGAUCAUAAGAAAGCAAAGUAUCAACUGCUCACUGAAUGAGAAUCGCACACUUUACAAGUUCUCUACGGAUGUUAGACUCGACGUCUAGACUGUUAGAACAUAAGGGUGUAGUUGAUGGUAGUACUCAUCAGAUGGGGGUCAGGGGUGGAUGUACUACGCAUUAGAACAUAAAGGGGAGCACUCUUUGUUGAUGGUAGUACGCAUCAGAACAUAUUAAAGGGGGUGGGAGUGGGUGUUACAACAUGAUCCUCAACAGUUGUAAGAGCCCAAUUGUCUGUGCAACAGCUGGAAGAAGCUCAAACUCGUACUGCAACAAGGAAUUUAAUGAGUGGGAGAGCGGCGUCGCUAGUUCUGGUCCUCGAGUCCAACUUCCCCUUCAAGCACGAGCAUCAAUGUUAUCAGGGACCACCUUGGAGCACUGCUUUAACCUACAUACCCUUCUGUUGUUGAAGCACAGGGAAGGCUGCACGACUUACUUCAACAUAAAGAGGGAGUGCUUGCUGAUGAGGGAUGAAUCCUUCUCACGUUCUCUUGUCUAGGAUGAAUAGGCACCACUGCCAGAGGAAGUACUUCUCACGCCUUUCGUUCUUCUAAUACCUUUCGCAUUCACGACUGCAUACAGCAAUCGGCGGCGUGACUUCAUGAAGGAGAGCAAUAAUUAUGGCUUUAUUUGAGGUUAUUCUUAUUGCUCCAUGCAGGAUAAGCUUGGAUAAUCGUGUUGCAUUCAAACGUUUUUGCCUUUCAUAAGCAUCGCAUUCAAUUAGUGUUUAGCCUUUAGCCUUCAAUUAGUGUUUAGCCUUUAAUUAGUGUUUAGCCUCGAGAACAUCUUUCAAUUUCCUAUGCAACAGCAACUCUCUAGAAAAAUUGGAACCAGAGUAACUAAUGCACCCAUGUAGUCGGAAAUAGGGAAUUGUCGACAGUGUCGGUCUAGUUUCAUGAAACACUGUCUGACACAGUGCCUGCUACAGUCUUUGCUACAGUGCUUGAUACGUCGGUGCUUGAUACAGUUCUGCCUCCUCGUGAUAGUGUGUGGCUUAGAGUAGUGUAGGUUCCUAUGAGUUUAUGAUAGUGUAGCUUUCCUCCGGCCCACGCGGUGUGGACAACGUCGCUCCCCCAUAUCGCUCCCGGGCGUAGAGGUGCGGCAGUCGCAGCUGCGGGGAGGUCGGUGCCCUGCGGGGGCAGCUACCUGAUUGAUUGGCUGACUAGAGUGGUUUAACUAAGUGAGUAGAUGCGCGCGCGCCAGGUUCUUGCUCCAACAUCAUCACCUUUCUGUUUAGCCAGGUAAACAUCUUCAACAUCUUCAACAGCAACUUUACUAGCCAACACACGAAGCGAGAGCGACUAGCUUCUCUCGUCAAUCUCUCAAACUCUCAAUAGUUGUACUUGUACGCACCUCUAAAAGAUGCGAGAAGACCGUCUGGCCGGUCAUUUGGUGGAUAGUAUCGUGAACUGCGAAGCGGUAAGGUAUUUCUCAGCAGCCCAAAGGGAGUCGCAACGAUACGACAAAGAGCUCGCAAAAUACGAGGCUAGUCAGGUACUAGUAGAAGUAUCUAGUAUUUGUAUUCUAAGACAUCUAAGUAAUACUCAAGUUGUUAGUGUUACAUCUAAUAGGAUAUCUAGUAUUCUUCUAAGAGGACAUCUAAUAGUAUUACUCAAGUUGAAGUUGUUACUUAAAGGGCAAGUUGCAAAAUAAGAGGGCGAGUCAGGUACGAGCAUUCAUCUAAGUAUUCUAUUCUAAAUUAUGUAAGAAGCUCGCAAAAUAAUAGGGCGAGUCAGGUACGAGUAUUCUAAGUAUUCUAUUCUAAAUUAUGUAAGAAGCUCGCAAAAUAAGAGGGCGAGUCAGCUACUAGUAUCUUCACAAGACACAAGACACAUUAUAAAUAGCUCGCAAAAUAUGAGGCGAUUUCAAAGCUCGCAAAACAUGAGGAGCAGGCAAAUGCAAAAAACCUCCGAAUUUAGAAUGCAUGUGGAAUGAAGAACGACACUUCCACGAAAUAUUAGUUCGUAAAAAAAGAUCACUGUCGUCCCAUCACCUUGAUACACUACGUAUUUUUACCCCAAUUUGCUCAGGUUCAAGUGUUGCAGUCGCUGGCAGCCCUGAACUUCGGACAACAGCUAGUGAUCAACUCCGGCCUUCUCUUAAGGCUUCACAGGCAACCGAAUCUGUAGUACACACAGGCAAGAACCGAGUGUAACCUAGAAGUACAUGCAAUCUGAUUUCUGAGAGCAACAGUAAACCAAUAUCAUUCAUCUGUAGGAGAAUAUCUCGAGUACAUCUACAGAACACGACCUAAGCUAUUUGGCUUUUCUGGAUAAUACGUCGACGACGGAGCUGCACUACCUAAACUACUUAGCGUUUCUGGAUGAUAAGUCAUGUAUCGACCGUCCUCUAACUUUAGCAAUUAUGACCUUGGCAACGUACAACGUGAUGCAUGGCCUAAUGCCUGUCGGUGAUGUUGUCGCGGUGAAUACGCUCAUGCUACAACUAGCGCAGCCACUCUUAUGAGGAAGAAAAAACUGUUGCUAUUGAGUUCUUCUUUCAUGUCCUUCUUGGCAGACUAGACGAAUUGUGGUAGUGCUAGUCCUGGCUAUAUUGUAAAGACACUGACUAGAGAUUCAGAUUUCACACUUUCCACCCAUAACCGACAGUCAAUGUUCUAAUGCUUGUUUUUGUGAGAAAUCUUAUCGCCAAGAGCGACCGCGUCAGAGGUACACAAGUGCCAUUUUCUAACUUUCAACUUUCUAGGCGGCGCGUACCGAAUCACGCUGCAAGGGGUCCUAGAUUUACAGCGAAUGGAGAAGUUCCUUACCGACCAGAAGCCGAGCGUGCCAGCUAUCUCUUCCACUUUAUGGCGGAAGUGGUUCUACAGCUCCUUUCUUACUUAGUUCUAGUUCUAGCUAUGUGCCGAAUCCAACCUUCCGAGCGCCGAGCUUAUCCCGCAAAAAACCCCAAGACACCCGACGCCGCGACGAACUGGGCUGCGCCGGCUGGGGGCCCGAGGCCUCCUAGCUUUGCUCGCCAAAUGGCGCCUGGAAUGUGCUCCGUGGCUUUCCGCAAUUUUGCCGGGAAGGGGGUCGCACUUGGCCGCCACUCUCCGCGCCGAUACCGUGCCCCAAAUGCUUGGGAGCCCUCCAGGGGAACGGCCCCGGGCUGAUGAGUAUACGCACCCGCAGCGAGGCUCGCUCACAUUCGAAACGGCGGCAGACCUUUGGAGCCCAUUACGGUCACCAGGGCACGGCGGCAGCCUCGCCUGGUCUCUCUUGUUUGCAGUCGUCUACUGUGGCAGCUAGUGGCAAUUUCUGCAGAAUGUCGAGCGCGGCCCCUGAGCGCUUCCCUCGAGGGGUCACGGAGCGCACUCACUUUAGAAGCUGCCAGGGCAGUGCGGUGCGGGCUGCCUGGGGUGUCUAUGCCUCGCGAGGCCUCAGGAGAGACACCGCGCGCCGGUCCCGGCUGACGAGACUGCGGCCUGGCUUGCCUGAAGUGCGCCGCUGCUGGUUGCUUUCCAGUUUCUAAAGGAGUCGCCGCGUGGCGUGGCUGCCAUUUUUCCGCUGGAGUGGACGAGCCUGGAGAGCUACUGCGUGCUCGUUGCGACAGCUGGCACCCUGGUGGAGUUAUUGCGGGAGCCGCUUAGACGACAGCCGGCCGCGAUCAACUCGGAAAACAAGGACGCAAGGAGCGGCGGCGUGCUAGCACCGUCGGACCAGCUACACGGCCCUGCUUUGAGCUUCGACUGUGCAGAAGCUCCGCAAGUGGCCCCAGCCGUGACGAGUGCGGCGAAGCCUCUUCCUGUUGCGGCAUCAAGUGGGCAAACACCUCGCGACACGGCCACCCUUUGCGGUGAGAUGACGCCCGGCCAUGGCUUGGGGGCCCUAUGCGUUGGGGAGGCGUGCCACGGUGCGACGCCCAACGGCGAGAGAGCCCCACGCGCUGGCGAGACGCCUAACGGCUUGGCGCCAAAUGGUGAGGGCGCCCCACGUGCUGCCGAGACACCUUGCGGCGAGACGCCAUAUGGAGAAUUUGGCCAAACCCCGCAGCCGAUUGGGGGCGCGAGCGCAGCAGCUUGCCCUCGGGCGCUUGGUUUGGAUCCAUCUUGGGGAGUGUUCUGGUGGCGGUGGGGCCGUUCGGUUCGACCUGGCCAGGGGAGACAAGACUAACGACGAAGCCCGCAAACACCACGAAGAAUGGAGACCAGCUACCGGCACCGAAAUGCGUGGACGAAGCAGACGGCGCAGAACUUGAGACAGGGGCUGGGGGCGGUCAUAGCUCUGCUGGCGCCAGCAACAUGACAGGGCUGCGCGGCUGCUGAGGACGAGAAGCACGACCAACAAGCUGGCAACGCAGCUAGUGCGGGGCAGUGGGAGCCUUCUUGGGACCAGCCUGAGGGCCGACAAGACUGGCGAAAGAGCAGGCCCACGAAAUGACUACGACUACGUACCACGAAGGCCGGCGGCGUGGGUCAAAUAUAAACUGGAAAGACAAGGACGACGCAGCUGGCGAGAAAGCUGGCGGCGGGCGGUCGUGGGACAACAAAAAGACGCAACGGGGGCAGGGGGAUGGAACCCAUUCCGCGCGAGUGGCUCCGCUGUUUUUGUGAAGCAUGUGGGACGAACGCGCUCACAGGGUGAAGGGGGGCGGUGCUUUGUUUGGGUGGUGGGCUGUUCUCGCUCGCCUGCAUCAGUCGCAUGCCUUUGGGUAUUUGCAUCCGUGAAGGCUUUGCAGUUGCAUGCCGGAGAUUAGCCGCGGCGCUUUCUGUAAUUUGUGAAGUGUCUGUCUCUCUGCCAGCGGCCGUCUAGAGCUGGCCGCGUGAUUGUCUUGGAAGUGUGCCAUUUCCUUCUAAUCUGAUCCGCCUUGGGCCAGAAGCUGCCGAAUUUCGAGUACAAGGGGGGCAGCAUUGAGUUCGAGAGUGUCUCUUUUCGUGCUCUGAAGAAUCUGAGUCUGCGGAUUCCCGCGGGAUCCAAGGUCGGAAUUGUUGGCCCUAGUGGUAGUGGGAAAAGUACAAUUCUACGGCUCCUUUCGCGCGUCGCUGCGCCUGAAAAGUUAAGGCUUGGCCCAUCUUCAGAAGCGGCUGCAUCUUUGAGCAGUAUUUCCGUACAGGAAACGCUAGCGCAUUGCCAACUACAUGCUUCGGAAGGUGGGUCUCGGUACUGCAUCUAAGCGAAGGGCGGACCCUGGUAGACGGACAGGAUCUGCUGAAGCUUGACGGCGAGAGCUACAUUAUGGCAGGAAACAACUGCAGUACCGCUCGUGUUAGGCUUCACUAUGUUGUAUCAACUCAACUCAUCUAAUCAAUUCCACGCACUAGUCACGCUAUCGCUUUAAAUCUUAUGGACUCGCUCCUUAUAGAGCGCUACUUUUUCUUACAUUGACGCAAUUAUUGUCCAUGGCCUGACCCUUUUUAACAUCGAUAUGACGUAUCACUACCAGGCUUGCACUGUCAAGACGUAUGAUAUCGGGAUGAAAACUACCACGAAUAACGUCAGUCAAGCAGCCAAAUGGCCAUUUAGUUCAAGCAUUUAAAACAGCCAUCGAGCCUCCCUCUAAUGGCACGUCGUAUCUCGGCAUUGUCCCGCAAGAGUCGAUCCUCUUCAACGAAAGCCUUCGCUUCAACCUAGAGUACGCGAAGCCAGGUUGCCCCCAGCAUGCCAUGAAGCAAGCGUGUAGCUUGGCACAGGUUCACGACGUUAUUUUAUGGGCAGGACAAUCAAACCGCUUCGAUUUAAGUCGUAGAGCAUUUCAAUUGUAGUGGUGUCUGUCUCAGGCUAUACAUAGUAAGUAUUAAGAAAGUGCAAAUAUUCGGCAUUGCGAUCAUCUAUAGCUAGGAUAGGUAUUCAUAUAUCCAGAAGCAAGAUGGAGAUACGGAAGAUUCAUCUUAUUUUACGCUCACGGUCGAUGGCCUGGCUUCACUCAGUUGUAGGUUUUGAGUUUGUCUUUUUAACAACAAUGGGCACGACCUCGAAUAGCCAUAGCGAUACGCAAUGGGUUGCGAAGGAGUGGGACGACCUCAGACAGUCUGUGAGGGGAAUACUCGUAGAGCUCUAAUCAUGGAAGCCUUCCCAGAUGGAUACGAUACUAUGGUGGGAGAACGAGGCUCGCGACUGUCUGGCGGCGAGCGCCAGCGUAUUGCCAUAGCGCGCUGCCUACUCAAGAACCCACAGAUACUGGUAGUAGACUUAGCGCAUUGAUUACACAUCGGUAGAGCCAGGUCCUGCGAACGCGAAGCGCGGCGCCCGGGAGCCAUCUCUUGCGUGUUGCAAAGUGCUGCUUUCGCGGCGUCGUUGGCCUCGGCUCUGCGGGGGCAGCCGCUAGCGAGCCGAAGCUGUGAACUCGCUCGCCGCGCCAUCGCGGGCGUUUUUUAGCGCACCGACCGCCCACACGUGUGCCGCCGAAACAAACAGGGCGGCACAAUCGUCCUGCAGCUGGAUUUUGCCAGGAUGGUAAUGCCACGGGGUGGCGGAUCAGAGAGGCUUUGGGCCCGGGCCGUUCUUCGGGCCCACCUUGGGGCGCGCGGCGUUGUCUGCUGCAUGCGACGAGGUGAAGGCGCCUGCUUUCAGGCGUUACAGCUCGGCGGGGUGCAGGUUCAUCAAGGAGAAGCACGGGGCACUGGCGUGGCCCCGCGGCGGUGGGCAAGGCGCUUGCAAUGGCCUACGUGUCGGGGCGAGGUGCGUGAGUCAACUGUGCGGCCGCUGGGGCGCUGCGCGGCCGCUGGGGCGCUGCGCGGCCGCUGGGGUGCGCUGGGUGGUGUUGCAGGGCCAUCCUUCUCGUCUAACUUUUCACCAGCUGUACUACUAUAGCAUCGGGAGCGGCUGCGUGACUUGGUGGUCGCUCCAAGCAGCGCAGAGGCCACGCGUGGCCAAGUGGUUUGCUGGCAAGCUUCGCGGACGCAUACAGCAUCCAUGGGCCAGGGCUGUGAGUGUGCCGCGCUUCGUAUGCAUUGCAGGAAGGGCCGGCGGGCAUCGACAAGGGCCGCGCGGUCUUCAUGGUUGCGGGCAGCCCUCUAUCUAGAAAACCAAGCGGGACCCGCCUCCCCGUGCCCGCUCUGGCCAAAGAGGAGCAGGCCCAGGACUCAAGUGACUGCAUGGGGGGAGAACUCGCGAAGUCUUGGGCUGUCUAAGUCUCGCCCCAAGGUGGGGAAUAUCGGCGGCGCUUCGCGAUGCAUUUUGCCAGCGCUCGCUCAUGGGUGGCGGAUCCUGGAGGAGGUCCCCGGCGCCACAGCCUUGCCUUGGAGACAUGGGGGGCUUGCUGUGCCAUGGUCGCCAAUGGUGUAAGCUGUCGGUGGGUUCUUUCAGUGAGGAGAGUGAGGCGGCCGCUGUGGUUUCUGGUUUGGCAAGUGUUUCAGCGAGUGUGCCGGCCUGCAAGUAUCUGCCCAAGCUUGCGACGCAGUGCCUGGGGUUAUGUAAUGGGCUGAACAGGCGGGCUGCCUUUGCUUGCACCUUGGCCCCCCUCGUCGUGGGGGGUGCUGCCUGAAGUAGGUGACCGCCCGCCGGGCAUUGUAACCUUAGAGCUGCCCAGGCUUUCUGUCUCUCUGUUCUUCUCGCGUGCUCUUUCGCUCUCUCUGUCUCUGUUUCAUCUUCGGGAAGCAUAGGACCACCCAGCGCUAAGGAGGCUCUUGCCAUUGUAUGCCAACCAUUUCGCACCCACGUGCAACGCCUUCCAAUUUUGAACGCCACAGCUUUUCGAUGAAGCAACUGCAGCGCUAGACCUUGCGACUGAGGAGAAGUUGACGCGGGCGGUUACGGAUUUCAUCAGGGAGCAAGAAAACAAAACAAUGCUGAUCUUAUGGCUGAUUCUCCUCACUUCAGCAUCAGCAGUGGCACUGGAUUCACGUUAACUGACUAGUCUAAACUGCAAAAUAACUGCUAGCUCAUACUAACAGCACAGACUACACCAACACACGGUAGCAGUAGCACCCUCGUCAUUGUAGCAGGAGAGCCCUUCUCAUUAUACUAGCAGGAUACUCAUACCCAAUACGGUUUGAUGAAUAGUUCAAGGUGAAAACUGUGUGUCACCAAGACGUCUCUCCUUGCGUCAUUUUGCAGGGGUUUAGAUUCGCGCUCUUUUUUCUACAUCUUCCUUGCGUGGCCGGCUCUCUAAUCUUUGUUGCUCACCGGCUCUCAACAGUGAAGCAGUGCGACUUUAUUCUCUAUAUCGACAAUUAUGGCCACAGAAACGCCGUCCCUUAGUGAAUAUGCGUGGAACUCUGACUCUUCGAAAUGAGGCACCUCAUCGAGCUACAACUCUAGCUGCAUAUGGGGAUAACUAGAAAUGUCUGUAGAGGUCUAGGCCUCCAUUUACUUGGGUCAUGCAAUAAGGGGUUAGUAGUUAUAGUGUUCUCAAUCCUUAUUGGUUAGUACGUCUUGAAGCUGGCCUGGGUCGAGCACAAGAUCAUGAUGAUGAUGAUGAUGAUGAUGAUUGAUCUAUUUCUGAAUCCUAAACCAACGCCAAAAAAGUCAUGUAUUACUACAUCUUGCUCAACUUCCAAAUGUAUUUUCUGUUAGUUUCACUACAUCUUCUAGAGCUAGACAGAAAAUCUUACGCCACUUCUAAAUGUCAUACGUUUAGAAGCUAUUCUUGUUACUGCUAGUACUCUACUAGCUAUCCUAUCCUUAUUGCUAGGAUUCUAUUAACUAUUAGUGCCAUUAACUAUCCUAUGUAUCCUAUAAUCGCAAGACGCUCUCUACCCCAGCACCAUUCUCCUUAGCAAAUGCACACGAGCCAGGCAUCGGCCUGCACUAUCUUCCCUUAUUAAAUGUUCUUAUAUAUCUGUCCCUUAUUGUGAUAAGAAACAUGUUUACACCGUCUUUGCUAGAAGUUUGCACUCUCUUCACUAUCCAAUUGCCAGUUUCAGUCUACGUACUUUUAAUAUUCAUUAUUUUGAGAUACUUCUACAACUGGGUUACAACUUUCUAUAUAUUCAAGAUACUUCUAUAAGGAAAAGACUUAGAUUCUUCUAAAGUAAGGGCGCAGUGGCAGAAAUGGGCUCGCAUACGGAAUUACUGGAAAAGAAAGGCGGUCUCUAUCGCAACCUGUGGAACACUUAUCAUUAAGGCUACCCUGAAGCCUUAGCGUCCUGGCGUCCUUAACAUCCUGGUGAUCUUAACAUCCUGGUGAUCUUGCCAUCAUGGCGUUCUUAACAUCAAGGCCGAAGCGUGUAGUUGUCCUUAACAUUAUGAUCCUUCUUGGAGGUACGCAGGGCUCUCCUUAGUCCUUAUCAUGAUGAUCCUUCUUGGAGGUUCUUCUCUUUCUAUUUGAAGUGACAUAGUAUACUUCUACUUUCUACUUAGAGUAUCAUAAUGAUCCUUGGACGCACCCAAGGAUCAUGCUCUUUAGGACGAUUUUCCCUUUGCGGUAGCUCUAAUAUUCGACAGGGGUCGACCCUACAAAGUGAGCGCGUCUUCAUCUUCUGUAACCUUCGGGGGGUAAUUAUACCAGCAAUUCUAGUAGUAGUAGUACGACUCACGAGAGCUGCAGUACGUCGAGCACCUUUCUGACAGGGGUCGAGCCUACAAACUGAAGAGAGCGGUCGCCUUCCGGUGUGUGUUGGAUCAGUAAUCAGACGGGUCUGCGCGAUCAUGAAACAGAGGAAUCGAAGGUGGAAGUAUACUAGAUACGAAGAAGGAGAAGAGGAGCAAGGUAGGAGGAGAAGAGAAGCAAGGAGGAGAAGAGAAGCAAGGAGGAGAAGAGAAGCAAAGAGGAGCGAGAAGGAGAAGAGAUGAGCAAGGAGGAGAAGAGUGGAGCAACGAGGAGGAGAACUUCUGCCGCGCGAUCGGGUCCACUUCUACUUCUACGAAAAGCGUGCCGACGCAGAACGUCGCAAACCAUUAGAGGCGACACCAAUCAAAAACAGCUGUAGAGCGAUUUCCACAAGAAUGCCUCUUCUGGUGUACUAAUUCAAGAACUACCACGCGAGAACUACCACAUUGGCAUCAGGUCAGCACUGCUGUCAUGAGUACGCAGUCCCCGGCCACAGAGAUGCUAUCGACCAGUCAUCGGCUACACCUUCUCACCCCGACUACAUCUGGCGGCGACGUCUUCUCAUCUCGACUACAUCCACAAGACAUAGAGCACUUAUUCCUCGUCAACUACAUACUCUUACCCUGGGAGCCGCGCUCAGCAUCCUCUUACCCUGGGAGCCGUGCUCAGCUUCUACCUCUUCUCGUGUGAGUGCGGUAGAAGAAGUUCGACUAGGCCAAGAACAUGAGAAAAGACGGGAGAUCAUGAGGAAAGCGGAGUAGUGUAAGUUUGGUGGAAUUGACUCGGAGCGAUGAAAAAUGAAAUACACGAUAAGUUACGGGGCUAAUGCUGUCAGACAGUCUGCUCGCCCACGCCUUGAGAACAAUUUAAGCUUGAGUUCGGCCUUGAGAAUCAAAUUAGUCCUUGAUGUUUCAACGUUGAUGCUGAAUCAAAUUUUUAGGCUUUAGAAUGAGCCCGGUCCUCUCGCUCCAGUGGAUCCUCUUUCGCUCUUCUUAUAUGAGGCAAAAAUAAAGUCCACUUAUGGUAAAAAAGUCGGCACUUUAGGAUGAUAGACAAGCAGUCGCGACACGCUGUGACAAGAAACAUAUGCUGCUAUCUUGCGAUGAGAAACCAAUGCUGUUAUCUUGCGAGGAUAAACCAAUGCUGCUAUCUUGCGAGGAUAGGCCAAUACUGUUAUACUGCAUGCAGAAACAAGGGGCACAGCUUGCGAGUAGAAU